AAACAUCCAGACUUAUUAAACUCUUCUGAUUGUUCUGAUUGAUCAGGUUGAGCUUCACUGAUACGGUUCAUUUUCACUGAACGUCUCCUUUCUGUUGGUACCAUGGUUCUGUCCUCAGCCAACAAGCCCCGGGUGUUCCGGCUCCUCUUCUCUGACCCAAGCCGGACCUUCUACUGCAGCGGAGACAAACUGUCCGGUUUUGUCCAGCUGGAAGCGGGCCCCCCCUGCAGGCUGACCAGCCUCAGGGUCACCGCCGCCGGGUGUGCCCGGGUGGAGAACCGGGGCCGCAGCCAGGAGGUGGAGUACCUCAAGUAUGAGGAAGACAUUCGGCUGGAGGAGUUUCUGAACCCAGAUUCUGACGGCUGCUUCCUGCUUCCUGCUGGGAAGUCCUUCAGCUUUCAGUUUGGCUUCGAGCUUCCUCCUCCAGGGCGCCUUGUGUCGUCCUUCAAAGGGAAGUUUGGAUCUGUGCGUUAUUACGUGAGGGCGGAGCUGCAGCGACCUUCCCAACAGGCUCUGCAGUGCGAGCAGGAGUUUGAAGUAGAAGAGCCGUUGGAUGUCAACCAACCCGACCUGCUGGCUCCGGCGGCCGCGUCUAAACAGAAGAAGGUCACCUGCAUGUUCAUCCCUGACGGCCAAGUCUCCAUCUCAGCGCGGAUUGACAGAAAAGGUUUCUGCGAGGGCGAAGAGAUCAACAUCAACGCGAAGUUCGAGAACACCUGUUCUCGAAUCGUGGUGCCGAAGGCUGCCAUCAUCGCCAAACACUCAUACAGCAUCAACAACCAAACCAAGGUCAUGCGGCAGAAACUGACAGCAGUCCGAGGGAACCCCAUCAUCUCCGGCAUGUGUGACAUGUGGCAGGGGAGGACCAUCAGAGUCCCCAAACUGAGGCCCACGCUGCUGGGUUGUGACAUCAUCAAGGUGGACUAUGCCCUCAUGAUCUACCUGCACAUCCCCGGCAGUGAAAAGCUGAUCUUGGAGCUUCCUCUGGUCAUUGGAACCAUCCCGUUCAGCGGCGUCGGCAGCAGAACCAGCAGCAUGAGCAGCCAGGCUUCCAGCAGCUGGGCCUCCAUCCGCUCGGCUCCUCCCAGCUACAGCAAUAUUGCCAGAGACCUGAAGGUGGAUGGCCCGCGCACGCCGCUGCUGCACGACUAUGACGGCGCAGAGGAUGAUGAUGAAGACGGAGGGCUCUUCAUGACAAUUAGUGCAGCUGGCUACCCUCCCCCUCCCCCCGCCUACAGUGAGGUCGAUAAAGAUGCCGUCGACCCCAGACAGGCUGUUCCAGUCUUUUGAGGCCAGACUAAAGAAGACAUUGUCCAUUUGAUGGGACAGACAACGGGAGGAGGACGGUGUAGGCCCAUCGUGUCCAGUUAAAGACGAAACUGGAGCAUGAGAUUUCCAUUAAUGACUCGUCCGUUUCUGACAACGAUUCAAAUAUUCCUGACAGCACAUCUAUGUUAUUCUGACAUCUUUUAUACCAUUUGUUGACAUUUGUUACUGUUUGUAACAAUGACUCAGCUUUUUCUGUAGAUGACUCAGCUGUUCCUGACCCUGACUCAG